CUUUGAUAAAAUACACACCUUCGUGGAUUCAAACCCGGUGUUAUUGCCAGGGCCAUACAGUUUAGAGCAUUUUAUUAUUUUAUUUUUAUUUCCUUUUGUUUGGCGGGUAAGGCCCUCUGUUUAGAACCAGGAGGGGGGCCAUGUUGUUAGUGUAGUAACCGAGCAGCAAUGGCUGGCCCCGGUGCUUUUAAUGAGUUUGUGUUUCUGUUAGAGCUGCUCAGCGGAUUGUGUUGAAAGCUAAAGAUCUGUCUAUUUUAUAUUUUUCCAUAAAAAAUAAAGCAAGCAAUAGUAAUAUACGUUUUAUUCUAAAUGUUUUAUUGAUGCUUUUUAUCACAUUUUAUUUUGUUUUUAGAUACGGUAUUUAUUGAACUGAAGGUUUUUACGUGGAAUGAGCGUUCCAUGUGUCAUCCUAGGCAUGAAUGAAGUGGCCUGGCAGAAGACCCGCGGAGCAAUGAUGCAUGCAAAUGGUGCUCAGGAUGUUGGUGUAGUAGGACUGGGGGUCCCUAUGGUGGGGACUCCUGUUGGUGCCGGGGGAGGACCAGGUCCGGGGGGUCCCCCUCCACAAGCACUUGGUGGUGGCUCCAAUCCACAUGUCCUUCAUACUGCAGUAACAGGUGCACCUGGUGCUCAGCCGCCUCUCAGUGGACGCUCACAGGACGAUGCUGCAGUUGGCUACUUUUUUCAACGGCAAGCAGGGGAGCAGCCUGGAGGAUACUCCAGCAAGCACCGCUGGCCCACGGGAGACAGCAUCCACGUAGACCAGGUGCGACCUGUGGAUGAAAUGAAUCAUGACUUUCAAGCUCUUGCACUGGAAUCUAGAGGAAUGGGAGAGCUCUUGCCUGCUAAAAAGUUCUGGGAAUCAGAUGAGUCUGCUAAAGAGGGACAAAAAGGGAUGUUCUUGGGAGAUGAAUGGCGAGAAAAUGCAUGGGGAGCAUCACAUCAUUCCGUAUCACAGCCCAUCAUGGUGCAUAGGCGGCCUGGCCAGGGAUUCCAUGUCAACAGUGAAGUGAACUCUGUCCUUUCUCCUCGGUCUGAAAGUGGGGGCCUCGGAGUCAGCAUGGUGGAAUACGUCCUUAGCUCCUCACCAGGGGACAAACUGGAUCCCCGCUACAGGAAAGGGCCGUUUGGGGCUGGAGAUGCCGAGUCAGGGGGCAAUGAGAAGGGUGAUCAAAAAGGCAAUUCAUCACUUUAUGAGGAGGACAAAAGCAGAGAGAUGAAACAAGGAGAUGAUGUUCCUAAAGCAAAUGGACGGGGACUGCCAAAUGGAAUGGAUGCUGACUGUAAAGAAUUUAACCGGACUCCUGGGAGCCGCCAAGCCUCUCCAACUGAAGUUGCAGAGCACCUGGGUCCCAACCAGAACAGUUGUGAAGUGAUCGGCCACCAUCCCAACCUUGCAUCCAAUAAGCCACCAUUGGAGGAGUUCCAGAACACAGAGACACAAAACAUGGACUCCAUGGAACAAGUCGGACUUGAGUCUUUACAGUUUGAUUACACGGGCAGCCAAGUGCAAAUUGACUCAUCUGGAGCACCUGUAGGACUUUUUGACUACAACUCUCAGCAACAGCUUUUCCAACGGCCCAAUGCACUGACGGUUCAGCAGUUGACUGCAGCACAACAGCAGCAGUAUGCACUGGCUGCAGCUCAGCAGCAACAUCUAGCUGGUGUAUUUUCAGCAGGCCUUGCUCCAGCUGCCUUUAUGCCAAACCCAUAUAUAAUCAGCACGGCUCCUCCAGGCACUGACCCCUACACCGCAGCAGGACUUGCAGCAGCCGCCACACUAGCAGGCCCUACUGUUGUCCCCCCUCAGUAUUAUGGUGUUCCAUGGGGGGUGUAUCCUGCCAAUUUGUUCCAACAGCAAGCAGCAGCAGCUGCAGCUGCUAAUAACUCUGCUAACCAGCAGACAGCUAACCAGGGCCAGGGACAACAACAGAUUAUGCGCGCAGGAAACAAUCAGCGACCUCUAACUCCAAACCAGGGUCCGCAGAACCAGCAGGCAGAAUCCCUGGCAGCAGCAGCAAACCCAGCGCUAGCUUUUAGUCAAGGACUGGCCACAGGGAUACCAGACCAAGCCUUGAUGCCACAGAUGUUGCAACAAAAUGUAUAUGGCUAUCAAAUAGCAGGUUGGAAUCUAAGAAAACAACAAGGCUAUCAGGUGUUAGCCCCAGCUGCCUAUUACGAUCAGAUGGGUGCCUUGGUGGUUGGCCCUGGAGCACGGCCUGGAUUAAAUGGACCUGUUAGACUGAUGACUUCUACACCUGUAUUAAUCAGCCCAGCAGCGGCUCAAGCUGGCUCAGCACCUGGAACUGCGAACAAUCUCGGAGGAGCUGCCAAUGGUCUCUUCCGCCCCAUCAGCUCUCAGCAGCAGCAACAACAGCAGCAGCAGCAGCAGCAGCAGCAACAGCAACAGCCCAACAGUAACAUGCAGUCCAACUCAUUCUAUGGCAACAACUCUCUAUCCAACAUCUCCCAGAGCAGCUCCCUGUUCUCCCAUGGCCCCGGCCAGCCAGGAAAUACAUCGCUUGGCUUUGGAAGUAGCAAUUCUCUUGGAGCAGCUAUCGGCUCAGCAUUGGGUGGCUUUGGAUCAGCAGUCGGCAGUUCUGCCAGUAACAGUGCCUCCAGGAGAGAUUCCUUGUCUACCAGUUCUGAUUUGUACAAGAGAUCCAACAGCAGUCUAGCUCCAAUAGGUCAGCCAUUUUACAACAGCUUGGGAUUCUCGUCCUCUCCAAGUCCGAUCGGCAUGCCUCUGCCCAGUCAGACUCCAGCACACUCCUUGACACCACCACCAUCUCUCUCAUCUCACGGGUCUUCGUCUAGCUUACAUCUGGUUUUCAGCAACUCCAGCUCAGGAGGCCUGACAAACGGCAGUGGCCGAUACAUCUCGGCAGCGCCUGGGGCAGAAGCGAAGUACCGCAGUGCCACCAGUACAUCUAGUCUGUUCAGCUCCAGCAGCCAGCUCUUCCCUCCGUCCCGGCUUCGCUACAGCAGAUCUGACAUCAUGCCUUCUGGUCGCAGUAGGCUCUUGGAAGAUUUCAGAAACAAUCGCUUCCCGAACCUUCAGCUGAGAGAUCUAAUCGGCCAUAUAGUGGAGUUUUCUCAAGACCAGCAUGGUUCAAGGUUUAUCCAGCAGAAGUUAGAGCGAGCCACCCCUGCAGAACGUCAGAUGGUCUUCAGUGAAAUCCUUCAAGCAGCAUACCAGUUGAUGACUGAUGUAUUUGGAAACUAUGUAAUACAGAAGUUCUUUGAGUUUGGAAGCAUGGAUCAGAAGCUAGCCCUGGCUACCAGAAUCAGAGGCCACGUCCUCCCAUUGGCCCUGCAGAUGUAUGGCUGCCGCGUCAUUCAGAAAGCUCUGGAGUCCAUUUCAUCAGACCAUCAGGUAAUUAGUGACAUGGUCAGAGAGCUGGAUGGACAUGUCCUAAAGUGUGUAAAAGACCAGAAUGGAAACCAUGUAGUACAGAAGUGUAUUGAAUGUGUGCAACCUCAGGCUCUACAGUUCAUCAUCGAUGCUUUUAAGGGCCAGGUGUUUGUGCUUUCGACUCACCCUUAUGGCUGCCGAGUGAUUCAGCGCAUCCUGGAACACUGUACCCCAGAGCAGACCAUGCCCAUCCUGGAGGAGCUCCAUCAUCACACUGAGCAGCUUGUGCAGGAUCAAUAUGGCAAUUAUGUCAUUCAGCAUGUUCUAGAGCAUGGGCGCCCCGAAGACAAAAGUAAAAUGGUUGCUGAGAUCAGAGGCAAAGUGUUGGCCUUGAGCCAACACAAAUUUGCCAGCAAUGUGGUGGAGAAGUGUGUGACCCACUCAUCCCGCUCAGAGAGGGCUCUGCUAAUCGAUGAGGUUUGCUGUCAGAACGAUGGCCCCCACAGUGCCUUGUACACCAUGAUGAAGGACCAAUAUGCCAACUACGUAGUGCAGAAGAUGAUUGACAUGGCAGAGCCAGCCCAGCGCAAGAUAAUCAUGCACAAGGUAGGGAUUAAUUAUAUACGUCCUCACGUUGCAACAUUGCGCAAAUACACCUAUGGAAAACACAUCUUGGCCAAACUGGAGAAGUAUUACAUGAAGAACAGCACUGACUUGGGGCCAAUUGGAGGACCAACUAAUGGACUGAUUUAGGAUAUGAACAAGAAAUUGAUGCAGCCCCUUCAGAUGUUUUGAUGCUUUCAACCAAUUCAGUUGAAUUACCAAAAAUGCAACUUAACCUAAGAAUGCUUUGAUUACUUCUGAUUAUAAACUUGUCAUUUUCCGGUAUAUGGCUACACUUCCCCCACACUGCCAGCGAUUUAUCAGAUUGCUAUGCUGGGUAGAGCACAGAAUGCGUGUAUAUGCUGUAAUUGUAUCAAACUAGUUGUCACAUAUUUUGUACAUUUUUACCUUGUAAAUUAACUGUAAAAAUGUGGGUAGUUUUUGAGAAAACAAAUGAAUAUUCUUACAGUACACCAGCAUGUGACUUGAUAAGUCUGCCGGCAUUACAGCACAACAGAAAAACCUUAAUUUAUACUCCUCUCUCAUUGCCAAUACCGUUAGAGAUUACCGGUGGGUAAAAUGGAAAUUGUGUAUACAGAAGAAAAGGUUAAGUUGUAUUUUGGUAGUUCAUAUUUUGUAACUUUUUUACAACAACAAAAAUACUAAAACUUUGUGCAAGUUUUUUAAAAUGUAAUUUCUGUCGCUUCAUAUGAAAUUUCAAUCUUUAAUGUUUUGAGAUGAACACUGCCCUGCAUUUUCUCCUCAAAAACAAACCCAGUGAUGUAUAGAAGCAUUGUAUAUAUUUAACCUUUGCACAAGGUGGAAGGAGGGGGGAGUCAUGAUGGUACUUCCAUACCUAAAGUAAGAGUCUGAAAAGUAUGGAGGGUAUUUUUAUUUUUAAAGCAGCUUUUUGGCAUGUUUAGCAGUUUGAAAAAGAGCUGACGAUUUCUUCUUUCUUCAUAGAUUUGUAAGAAAGUUUGUGACGAUGUUGAUGGUUUUAUUUCGGCUUUAAAACAUUAACUGCAGUCUUGGGCAGAGAAUUAACAGGGAGCCAUCAAAGGGUAAACUUAAUCGCUCAUUAUAAAGCAUGCAUAAAUACCAAUGGACACCAAUGUCCAAUAGCCUAUUGUUUUUUUUUUUCUUCAUAUAAAUAUAUAGUGUAAAAGUCUAGUUAAAUAUAUAGGUGUUUGUUUACAGUUUUGAAUUUUGAAAUAAUUAAUCUUUUUUCAGUGUUAAUCACAAUACUUACUUUGCUUGUACAGUUGUAUAUUUGUAAACCUUGAUGCUGUAAAUGUAAUGUCUUUUACCCUUCUGAAAAAAAAGAAAAACUUUGCAUUUUAGUAUAUUCACAACCCUACACCUUGCCCUGGCAUAUAGUGUUGUAUAAUGUACAUUUAUUUCUUUGGAUCAAGAUUGAUUUUUUUUUUUUUUUUUUUUUUUAAAUUCAGUCUGUAUAUGGCUUUAAAAAAUGUUUAUCUAUUGUUAGAAACAGUAGUUUUUGUUUAUACCUGUAGCUGUUGGAAUAUACUGUCAAUAUGGUCAUUUUGACAAGAAGUAUACACUUCUUCCAGUACAUUGUGCUUAGAAUUGAAAGGUCUGGACAGGCGUUUAGUUACCAUGGAAACCAAUACUCUCCAUCUUGUGUGACAGGAUUUUAUCUUUGUACAGAAGAGAACUGUAUUUUGGAAAUGUCUGCUAACUUGUAAGUGAAAGUAUGUAUGAUAUUGUCAGUUAUAUUCAUAUGAACAUAUGAGGUUGUAACACUAACAAAGAUGAUGUACAUUUAUAGGCGGCAUUAUGUACAUUUACAGACAACAUUGUUUUGGUUUUUUGCAGGCAGAAUUGUGACCAGAUAUGUAUAAUUAAACAAUCCUUUGUAACCUAUGCCUCUGGAUAUAUUUUAAAAACAGUAUUUGUAUAUUCAGUUUCUGAAAGAUUUAGGAGUGUGUUUUGUAUUUCGCUGACUUUCAGAAGUUAGCUUUUUUUUGUAUAGAUGACAAACUUCCAAACCUUUUGAAUGUGAUCAGAGUCUUUUGGUGUGUAAGCCCUUGGAUAUGAUGUCCUUGGCACUGACAAGGUGAAAAGUUGUUUUUAUUAGGGCUGUGCAGAAAAAUUUACAUUCAUUCAGUUUAUGAAUGUAAAAAAGAUUAGCUUUUGAAAAUUAGUAAGAAUUGAGUCCUUCUGCCUUAAAUGUAAUUUUAGAGGCCUAUCAUUUAUAACCUUAUUCAGCUUUAACCCUUGCGUCCUGGAUAUAGUGCAGGUGUGGCUGAUCAUGCUGCUUCCUGUAGAAAACAGGAUAUUGUUUUCAUAGUUUUUACUUUAUUUUUUGUUAAUAUUCCCCUUCUACUAAAACAAAAGAUGCAGUAAAUACAGGUUUUUGUAAUUUCCUGGCUAUUUUGUACUUGUGAAGCAGCACAGCCCUAGUUUCCAUGGCAACUAUUUGCUGUUAAAGGGGGUCAUUUUGUGAGAGUGAAGCACUCUGGUUUUCAGUUUGCAGCACAGGAGUCAUGGUGGUACUGAUCAGGAAAUAUAUAUUUUUUUUUUUUGUGGGGGGGAAUAAUAAUCAUGUUAAAUUGUGACAAAACCACUAAGCUUUCUGCUGAUGUUUCCUUUGAGACGGAUGGUUUAUGGACCACUAUUUGCCUUUUCUGUUUGAUCAAGUCUGCCACCAGACUCCUUGGCAGUUCUAAUGGAGUAUUGUCAUUCAAUAUUUGUAUAUGCUGUAUAAACAAAAAAAAGAAAUAUGUGAAUAACAUUGUAUGAAAUAAACUUUGUGUAGGA